AUGGAAAAGAUGACAAACAGCGGCGCAAAACUGAACCCAACAAGUGCAAGGUUCCAGCAGACUAUGAGUGACCAGACCAUGGCCACGAGUGCAAGAGCAAUUAUAGCCAGGAUCUGGCUGGGCAGGUCGGAAAUGACAGUACGCAGAUCUCUUGUGUCGUUUAUUAACAGGGACGAUAUCUGGCUGGGCUGCACUCUUUGGAACCAUGUUGCUGGUUGUCUGAGAAUCUUGGAAAAAGCUUUCUGCUUCAGUUGA